UGUCUGGGGGUUAUUUAUUUAUUUAUUUAUUUAUUUAUUUUCUUAUAUGCAUAUCAUUUGCAUGAAUCCAAAUAAUUUUCUUCUACAUAAAAUACGUGUUUAUUUAGUGCAAAGACUGAGACGGGUACAAUGAAUGUAUAAUGAAUGAAGCGCGAGCUGUGAGUUUUAGUGCUGCAUCCUUGCAGCAUCUCUGUCUCCGUUUCAUCCGUCGGCCUGUAGUGACACCGAUUCCAGCCAAUCAUCAUGCAGCUUGGCUUUUGCGUGCGUCCGAGCGCCAAUGAGACGGCGCAGGGCGUGGCUUGGGUGAUAAACCACGCCUUCGCUCGAGCAUAACACCAAGUUUAGGGGCAGAAAUGCCAGUCCUGUGUAGGAGAGAGGAGCCGCGUCUGUCUCACUGCACUCGCUGAAGCGCACAGCCGCACGCGCUGCCGGGGACGGCACAGCUGGAUUAGCUUUAUUUCUUUCUCUCUCUCUCUCUUUUUUUUCCACAUUAAAAAACAAAUAAUAAAGACAGUUAGAAAUCUGGGAGCUAAUGCAUUUAUGCAUCGUUGAACUUGACUCUCUCGUGCUGGGAUGAAAUAUGGACUGUCUCUGCGCGUCUGUGCAAAACAGGUGCUUCUAAAUAUGAUCUCCUGCUUCAAGCUUGUGAUGCAUGGAUUUUUUCCUUAAUUGUUGUUGUUUUUUUUUUUUUCUUCCCCAAUUGUUAAUUUUUUUUUUGGGUGGUGGGGGGUGAAGAGUUUUCCGGACCUGCUGCUCAUAAAUAGCACUGGAGGGUUUUAAUGUCGGAGCUCAUGCGAAUAAAGAGGAUUUUUGCACUCACUAUGCACGACCUCAAGAGUCACUAACACACACUCAUACGCGCGCGCGCAUGCAUGUACCAGGGUAAGGCAAUGCUUUCUUUUUUUUUCUUUCUUUUUUUUUUUUUUUUUUUGGCUUUUCUUUAAGCGCCUGACUUUAAUCUCCAUGCUUAAAUAUUGUCUGCUUUGCCACUGCAUUGAUGUUUUUUUGUUUGUUUGUUUGUUUGUUUGUGUGUUUUGUUUAUAAUGCAUGACUGGGAGAGGAAUGACACCUCGCAUGUUUACAGCCGUUUGCUGCAAAUUCUUCGAAAGGUCCCUUGAAAGACGAAGCCAAGAUGAAGGAUCUUACUCAGUGUCAUAACCUUUAAAGCAAAUAUACCAGUAUAAUACAGUGGAUGAUGCUUAUGAUAGAGAUAUUCAUGCAAUGUGUUGAUUAGGAGUAAUUCAUUCCCAGAGAGUCGUUUCUCGUGCUCGUUUUGCUUUUCUUGGAAAGUCUUCUUAUCACUGAACUGUUCAAUUAUUACUCAAUACAUGCAGUACAAUACAUAAUACAUAUACGCAUGACAAAAUGAAUACAGCAAAUUAGUCGAUGUAGCUUCCUAUAGUAGAGUUGAUUUAUCAAACCUGUACUGUAAUGUUUAUUUUUAGGUUCAUGCUUGACUGCUCCAUUUCGAAGACAUGGUUUCCCUGAACGCAUGGCUCUGACCACAUUGCAAUGAGGAUAACUAUUUGAAAUAAAGCAGAGGGAAGACAUUUGAAGUGCUGUCAUGGAUUUAAAGGAUUUUUACCUAUUGGCAACCUUUGUUGCUUGCCUGUGGCUGGAUCCAGCCAUCGCCCAAGAGCUAAUUUACUCAAUCCGCGAGGAGCUGCAAGAGAACGUACUUAUUGGAAAUAUACCAAAGGAUUUGAACAUCUCCCAUAUGAACGCUGCCAGCAACAAUCUGGUUUACCGUCUGGUCUCGAAAGCCGGAGACAACCCAUUACUGAGAGUAAUGGGCAACACAGGAGAGAUUUUUACCACCUCGAACCGUAUUGACCGUGAAAAACUCUGUCCUGGACCGUCGUUCGAGGAUGCCGAGUGCUCGUUUGAAAUCGAAGUGGUCAUCCUGCCAAACGACUACUUCAGAUUAAUCAAAAUCAAGAUCAUUGUGAAGGACACCAAUGACAACGCUCCGAUGUUUCCUUCCCCUGUGAUUAACAUUUCCAUCCCUGAAAACACUCUCAUCAACAGCCGCUUUGCCAUUCCCUCCGCUACUGAUCCUGACAUGGGACCCAACAGCGUCCACAAAUACGAACUUGUGAACGGACAGAGCACUUUUGGCUUGGAUAUUGUUGAGACACAGGAAGGAGAAAAAUGGCCACAGCUGAUCGUCCAACAGAAUCUGGACCGGGAGCAAAAAGACACCUAUGUGAUGAAAAUCAAAGUGGAGGAUGGUGGGAAUCCACAGAAGUCCAGCACCGCCAUUCUUCAGGUGACGGUGACUGAUGUCAAUGACAAUCGUCCAGUUUUCAAAGAAAGUCAGAUAGAAGUUCACAUUCCUGAAAGCUCUCCAGUUGGGACUUCUGUCGUACAGCUGCAGGCUACGGAUGCAGACGUUGGGUCCAACGCAGAAAUCAAAUAUAUGUUUGGUACCCAAGUAUCUCCAUCCACGAGGAGACUCUUUGCACUAAAUGCUACGACUGGACUAAUAACGGUACAGAGACCGCUCGAUAGGGAAGAGACUGCAAUUCAUAAGCUGUCAGUUUUAGCAAGUGAUGGAAGCUCCAGUCCAGCAAGAGCAACUGUAACGAUCAAUGUGACUGAUGUGAAUGAUAAUGCUCCAAAUAUAGACCUGAGAUACAUUAUCAGUCCUACUAAUGGCACCGUAAUGCUGUCUGAAAAAGACCCCAUUAACACUAAAAUAGCUCUUAUCACCGUCUCUGAUAAGGACACUGAUGUCAAUGGCAAGGUCAUCUGCUUUAUUGAAAAGGAUGUGCCGUUUCACCUCAAAGCGGUCUACGACAACCAAUAUUUGUUGGAAACCUCAGCUCUGUUGGAUUACGAGGGGACCAAGGAGUACAUUUUCAAAAUUGUGGCUUCUGACUCCGGAAAGCCUAGUCUGAACCAAACCGCACUGGUUAAAGUCAAGCUGGAGGAUGAGAAUGAUAAUCCACCCAUUUUUAGCCAGCCGGUUAUCGAACUGUCGGUCAUGGAAAAUAACCAGCGUGACCUUUUCCUCACAACCAUUAGUGCUACAGAUGAAGACAGUGGGAGGAAUGCAGAAAUUGUCUACCAGCUCGGACCCAAUGCCUCCUUUUUCGAUUUGGACCGCAAAACCGGUGUGCUGACGGCCUCAAGGGUGUUUGACAGAGAAGAUCAAGAUAGGUUUCUCUUUACUGUCACAGCAAGAGAUAAUGGCACCCGGGCGUUGCAGAGCCAGGCGGCUGUGAUAGUUACCAUUUUAGAUGAAAAUGACAACAGCCCCAAGUUCACACACAAUCACUUCCAGUUCUUUGUGUCUGAGAACCUGCCUAAGUAUAGUACUGUAGGAGUGAUUACAGUCACAGAUGCAGAUGCAGGUGAAAAUGCAGAGGUGUCUCUCUCCAUACUCAAUGACAACGAGAACUUUAUCCUCGACCCCUUUUCGGGAGUUAUAAAAUCGAAUGUUUCCUUUGACAGAGAGCAGCAAAGUUCUUACACCUUUGAUGUAAGGGCUGUCGAUGGUGGUCGUCCUCCAUGCUCGUCGGUUGCCAAAGUAACCAUCAACGUCAUUGAUGUCAAUGACAACCCACCCAUUGUCAUCUACCCUCCAUCAAACACUUCCUUCAAGCUGGUACCACUUUCUGCCAUUCCGGGAUCUGUAGUCGCCGAGGUCUUUGCUGUGGAUGGAGAUACAGGAAUGAAUGCUGAAUUGAAAUACACCAUCAUUAGUGGUAACGGCAGAGGACUUUUCAGGAUUGAUCCUGUUACGGGAAACAUUACUUUAGAGGAGAAACCCACGGUUGCGGAUAUUGGCCUGCAUCGUCUGGUGGUCAACAUUAGUGACCUUGGCUAUCCAAAGUCUCUGCACACACUAGUUCUUGUUUUCCUUUACAUCAAUGACACGGUAGGAAACUCGUCUUUUAUCUACGACCUCAUCCGGCGCACGAUGGAGACGCCUCUGGAUAGGAAUAUCGGCGAUACUAGCGAAACGUAUCAGAGCGUCGACAAUCUGAAAACCAUCAUUGCUAUCGUCACAGGUGCUAUGGUGGUAAUCGUGGUGAUAUUCAUUACCGUUCUGGUCCGCUGCCGUCACAUUUCGCAGUUCAAAGCAGCUCAAAGGAAGAAACAAGGUGCUGAGUGGAUGUCACCCAACCAGGAGAACAAGCAGAACAAGAAGAAAAAGCGCAAGAAAAGGAAGUCGCCCAAAAGCUCCCUGCUUAACUUUGUUAGCAUUGAGGAGAACAAACCUGAUGAUCCAGCUCACGAACCCAUCAAUGGCACCAUCAGCAUCCCAGCUGAGCUUGAGGAGCCAGGAAUUGGACGUUUUGACUGGAACACAACACCAACCACCACCUUCAAGCCUAGUAGCCCUGAUUUAGCCAGGCACUACAAGUCGGCCUCACCCCAGUCGGCUUUCCACGUCAAGGCCGACACUCCAGUUUCGGUGAAAAAGCAUCAUGUCGUUCAGGAGCUGCCACUUGACAACACUUUCGUCGGGGGAUGUGACACUCUUUCCAAACGCUCGUCCACUAGCUCGGAUCACUUCAGUGCCUCAGAGUGCAGCUCCCAAGGAGGCUUCAAGACAAAAGGAGGGACCUUACACAACAGACAGGGGACUCUAACACGUGCUCGGACUGAACUGAACCCUGAUUAUCUGGACCUGCGCUCUAGAACUGACCUGAACCCUGAAUACUGGACCCCGUGCACACCACUGUCUCAGCGGCGUGUGACCUUUCACCUUCCAGACGGCUCUCAGGAGAGCUGUAGUGACAGCGGUUUGGGUGAGCCCGAGUCUGUUGGGGGUGGGGCUUUGCUUUCUAAGCCCCUCCCACUUGCACAGGAGGAGUUCUAUGAGCAAGAUAAAAGAACCGAGGCAGAUGGCAACUCUGAUCCGAACUCGGAUGGACUUUUAGGGCCUAGGGGUCUAAUGGAAGCAACAGAGAUGUGUACACAAGAGUGUCUAGUACUCGGCCACUCGGAUAACUGCUGGAUGCCGCCCAAAUCGCCCGCUUCGUCCUACGGAGGUGGCCAGAAUGAGUGGACGAAAGACAAACUGCUGAAUGGUCACACGCUAAACCGUGGCUGGAAGAGCAGCCACGAGCACUUCGGAGACAGGAAAUCCUUCAGCGUAGGAGGAGUUGGCGUCAGCAGUCACAUAACCGACAUCCCAUUGGCCAGUUUGAAAUCCUAUCAGGCCUCUUCUGGCACUGAAAACCCAAAGGAGCAGCAGCUUUAAGAGCAUUUACUCUGUAACUGCUAUUUUCCAUCCAUCCAUCCAUUUUCUAUACCGCUUAACUGCUAUUUUAUUUCUCUUUAAAAAAAAAAAAGAUUAUUUUCUUUCACAUUUCCUCAUUUUCUGUCCUUUUAUUAGAUGGAUGCUAAUGCUGUGUGGUAGUGAGACGUACAGAUUAGACAAAAAGUGCUUAUUUACAGUUACUAUGCGAAAUCAAACUUUGCACGGAGAUGUCUCAAGACUUUUGUUCUGAAGAUAUUAAAACAAUGUCUGGGAUUUAAUGCAAAUUGUCAUAUACAAAAGGAAAAAAAAAAAGGAAAAAAA